GGUGGGGAGUUGCAGGUUCCAGUGCAGUACUGUGUCGGCAACUCUAGCCGUGGACGCUGAGUAUACGAUUAGUCAUCGAUGGUGGUGGUGGUGGUGGUGGGGAGUUGCAGAUUCCGGCGUCGUACCUUGACUGCGACGCCAGCUGCAACUCCCCAGGCUGUGGCUGGCCACGAAUGCCAGCGCAGCAACCCAACAGCUGGGGCGGAGGGGUUCUCGCCCCCAGACAUUGGACCAUGGUCCACUUGCUCCAACAGCUCCACUAGGAACUGUUGAGUAGUGGUCGGAGGAGGAGGAGGGGGUGAUAGCGAUCCCGAGGAUCGAGGUCACAACACCAGCCGGAACGCACGUGGAUGCGCCGGCUGAGGGGAAGACGCCGGACGAACCCGGCAGGAGCCGUUGAGGCUCCAGAGGAUGCAACUGCUGCUGAGGAGCCCAGUGCUCCUGGUAGUUACCAAGUUGGAGCUUCCGUCGCGCGGCCGCGCCAGCAAACACCACAAUCCAGCAAUGGGUUCCAGAAACCCGUCGUCGAUUACAACCAGGACAUUGGUCCAAGCGCAGACCCCGAAACGCCCGGGGACGUUCUUAUCACCGAUGAGAUGCUGGAGCAUGCUCGUGCCAUCUGUGACGAGGAAGCCGAGGCCGACCUUGUCGCUGUCGCUGCUGUCGCUCAGUUCGAAAUGGGCUGGGAGGACAUCACGCGCAGAGCUAUCCCGCAGGGAACACUCAGUGCCAUAGGUCUGGCCGGGCUGUCGCUUGAAUACUUGGGCAAGUACUCAAAGAAGAUUGAUGAAAACAUCAUCUACUGGAAGCGCCGAGAGGCAAUGGUUGAUGCCUUAACAAAGAAGCUCCUUGAAGAACAGGCUCGCGUGGCUCAAGAUGCAGUUCUCCUCGUUGAGGUGAAGAACACUGUUAUCACCAAGUCUCACAAGCUUGCAAAACAGCAGCAGACUGUUUAUGCUGCCAACCAGGACAACUCUGUUUCUGCCAGUUCUGCCGUGGGCCAUCCAGCGCCACCAUCCAGCAGCGUGCAGCAACUCAGGCAAAAGCUUUACGACAGCAAGCGCCGCUCGAAUCCGCUGAACGGCAGGCCCACACCGAGUGGAU